AUGAGCAACGCGACUUCCCCAGUAAGCAUUUACAUACCACCACUCUCAGGUUUUUUUCUUUCUCGGUCGUGUGGAAAGCUUUCAAAUCACGCUUAUUUGCCUAGCUCUCUAAAUCUUUAUGAUGAUCUAGGGCACUCCUAAGUUUCACAACACUCCUUCUUAGCUAUAGGCAGAAAUGAUGCUGAUAUAUAAAGUGUUAAAUAUGGGGUCUUGUACACUUUUUGUGUCUCGACACACUGGCUGACACCACAAUUAUUUCGUUUUGUUUUAAAUUUGGGUUUGAUUUUUAACUCCUUGAUUACAGCUAAUUGAUUCGCAAAUGUGAAUUUUCUUGUUCAAAAUGUUAUUUCUGCUAUCGCCCUCAUUUCAGGUGGCCAUGAACAACGGUAGUUGCAGCAGUUCGUCGCCAAAGGAGAGAAUACUUUUCUCGCCUAGACUGUUCUUCAGUUGUGAGGUCAUUAAUGGCCUUCUAUUCAUCUGCGCAAUAAUCCUGCUUGCCGUAGGAACUUACAACCUGCGUUUGUUGAACAUGUGCUCAAAAGACUUUUCCCAGGGAGAAGGCGACGACUGCAGAAACAAAAGGUAAAUCUGUCGCAUCGAUCAGGUGCAAAUUAAUUGUAACUGUUUAUUUUAUACUAGUAACAACUGCUGACGUCAUAAUUUCAUGUAUUAUGUUUUGGUGAUAGUUCAGGUUUCUAGGUUUAUGAUUUAAGUUAGUCAGCCGUGCAUACCACAUAUUUUCAGCCCAUCGUCCGCAGGAUCUUAUGCUAUGAUAGCCGUCGGAUGCAUACUGGUCGUCCUUUGCGCCAUUCUAAUUGGCGUUAUGUUGAUCCUCUCCAAGGAAACAUCAAAAUAUGUUCGACAACUCACCAACCGACUUCCGGUAAGGCAUGCACCUUUAUGUAAUGUUGCAGCCUUUCCUGACAUGCGUCAACUAAAUGGGCUAUUUAAUACUGCUUUCAGAUUGUGUACCUCGACUAAAAUGACCAGUUUUCAUUUCUUAUCUCCGUAUAAAUAAAGAGACUUUCAUUAGCGUAGACCGGCGUUUAGGUGUCAUUGGAUGAUUUCGUGUGAAUUACUUCUUCAGCCCUAUAAACAUCAUAGAUUCCAUCCAUUUUUGACCGAGUGCGUAGGUUUGUUAAGAUGCGCAUUCCAAUACCCGUAUUGGCACGCCAGUUUUAGUGUGUCAAGGAAUAAACGAAUAUGUCCUAACAAAGGACGCUUGAUCAGGAAUUUUGUGCACAAUAUGUUUUUGCCCACGCGUCUGCUGACAACACCCUCUGAAUUCCCUUAACAAUCAAAAUCUGCCUUCAAUUAAAAUGCCCUUUUUCUUGUCAACUAGACUUACGAGGAAGCUGUCCAGUCUGUGAGUUCUGGUGAGACAUGGAUGGAUGAUGUUUGGACCGUGUGA